AUGAGUGGCUGGAAAUUAACUAAAUCUCUCACAAACAAAAUCUAUCAUUAUGCCCGGUUCCCCGCUACUGGCGUGAGUCUCCGGCAAAUGGUACAGUUUGGCGGGCGCCCGUCUCAGGGGACCCUAUUUAGAGCAUCUCAGUUUGUGGCCGAGGAACUACCCAUCAGAUUAGCACAUCGUGUUAAAGACCUUGAAAGUUUACCACAUGGACUUUCUAAUAUGCCAUCAAUUCAACGUGUCCGUGAUUGGUACGCUCAAUCAUUUCAAGAACUUACGGAAUUACCUGCUCCUAAACUAGACGCAGACCUCAAACAGAAACUGUUCCGGCCUCACGUGCUACAUGCCGCGGCUCCAUCACCACCAUCGGAAGAGAUUGAUAAUCAUCUUGAUCAUAAUCAUCAUCAUCAUCAUCCACAUGCACGCGAUGUGGCCAUCAAACCAGAAGGCCCACAUGAUGCUAAAAGAGCCAUCUCUAACCGUAGGUACUUUGCCAACGUUGAACCAGACACAUUAUGGCCACCAGAGAUUUAUGCAUAUAAUCAAGACCUAACCACGGCUCUUAAGAAAAUCAAGCGGCGGCAUGACCCUGUGGUUACAACAGUGGCCCAGGGUGUACAAGAAUGGAAAGAUACUGUGGCUGCAAGUUCACGGUUGGACGCACAUUUGGCCGAAAGUUUGGUUUCUGCAGCAGGUGAGUAUCGUGCUACUCCAUAUGGAGAUGCACUUCACCAUCAUACACUUUCAUCUCCUGUAAUGGACCAAUCUGUACAGGCAUUUUUGGACCGGUUUUACAUGUCGCGCAUUGGGAUCCGAAUGCUUAUUGGGCAACAUAUUGCAUUAAAUGAGGAACCUGUACGGGACGAUUAUGUGGGCAUCAUUGGAACGGCAGUGCAUGUACGUGAUAUGGCCCAGGCAGCUGCUGAUAAUGCUCGGUUUAUUUGUGAAGAAUGGUAUGGGUUAUAUGAAGCACCUCCAGUCGAAAUUGUGUGUCGGCCAGAACUUCGAUUCAUGUAUGUACCUGGUCAUUUAAACCAUAUGUUAUUUGAAACCAUCAAGAAUAGUUUACGUGCUGUGGUCGAGAAACAUGGUAUUGAUGCAGAUUUCCCAGCUGUUAAGAUUAUUGUUGCAGAGGGUAAUGAAGAUAUUACAAUCAAAAUUUCUGAUGAAGGUGGAGGUAUUCCACGAUCAGAGGUUCCUUAUGUGUGGACUUAUAUGUAUACAACAGUUGAAGAGACACCAUCGUUGGAACCAGAUUUUAAUAAAAGUGACUUUAAAGCACCAAUGGCAGGGUUUGGCUAUGGGCUACCCAUUUCACGAUUAUAUGCUCGGUACUUUGGAGGGGACCUAAAGUUAAUUUCUAUGGAAGGAUAUGGCACAGAUGUAUACCUUCAUUUGAACCGUCUGUCAAGUUCAAGUGAGCCUUUGGGGUGA